CGACAACAACACAACCGCCAACUACCACCACUAAGACCACUUCAACGACCUCCACAUCAACUACGGCUGCUGUAACGACGACGGAAACGACUACGACAACAACGGAAAAACCUAUAUAUCGGAGCAAUGACUUUUGGUUUGCUGUUGCACGUGGUGGAUUUCCUGCCGGCAUAAUGUUUUCCUGCUUUUGUUUAAUAAUGGUUUUCUGCUGUGAAAAGAGGACCACUCGAUUCUGCGGCAUAACUUGUCUAAUGCUUCAUGCAAUAAACAUCACCAUCUUCGCAUUAAUUGCACUCGGAGUCUUCUUCGUCUACACUAAAGUGAAUGAUCCAAGUCCGCUCAUCGUCCUCAUCCUCAUUCCAAGUCUUACCUGCUGCUUUAUAGUCUCAACAUGUUGCCUCGUUCACAAGUACUACAAAUACGAAGAAGGGAAGCUAGAAGACCAGAAAAGAAGACAGAGGGAGAAGGAAAAAAAGGAAGAGAUGGAGGCGCGAAAAAAAGAACAGGCUUACAAGAAGGAGAUGGAGGCUGUCAUCGACGACUACCUUGAAUCCACCAAGGACUAUGAAGUAAGGAAUAUUUUUUAUUAA